CGGCGGGGGGCGGGGCGGCAGAGCGCGCGCACAGGGCUCAUGGCGCAGCGGCUCUGCGGGCUCGCGGCCUAGGGGAGACGCGCGGCCGCCAUCUGUUGCCAUCCGCCCGUGGACUCCAUAAUAAAGCUGAAACAUACGCAGUGAAGUAGAUUUAUCGCCACCAUGUUUCUUUACAACUUAACCUUGCAGCGAGCCACUGGCAUCAGCUAUGCCAUCCAUGGUAAUUUUUCAGGAACAAAGCAACAGGAAAUAGUUGUUUCACGAGGGAAGAUCCUGGAAUUGCUCCGCCCUGAUCCUAACACAGGGAAGGUUCAUACCUUGCUGACUGUGGAAGUGUUUGGAGUCAUUCGUUCCCUCAUGGCCUUCAGGCUGACAGGUGGAACCAAAGACUACAUUGUGGUUGGCAGUGAUUCAGGGCGCAUUGUUAUCCUAGAGUACCAACCCUCCAAGAAUGUGUUUGAAAAGAUCCAUCAGGAAACCUUUGGCAAAAGUGGCUGUCGCAGAAUUGUUCCUGGUCAAUACUUGGCUGUGGAUCCCAAGGGUCGUGCUGUUAUGAUUAGUGCCAUUGAGAAACAGAAACUGGUGUACAUUUUGAACAGAGAUGCUGCUGCCCGUCUCACUAUUUCUUCCCCACUGGAGGCUCACAAAGCCAACACAUUGGUUUACCAUGUGGUGGGAGUUGAUGUAGGAUUUGAAAACCCAAUGUUUGCUUGUCUGGAAAUGGACUAUGAGGAAGCAGACAAUGACCCAACUGGAGAAGCAGCAGCUAACACCCAGCAGACGCUGACAUUUUAUGAGUUAGAUCUGGGUUUAAAUCAUGUAGUGAGGAAAUACAGUGAGCCUUUGGAGGAGCAUGGCAAUUUCCUCAUAACAGUUCCUGGUGGUUCUGAUGGCCCUAGCGGUGUGCUGAUCUGUUCUGAAAACUACAUCACCUACAAAAACUUUGGUGACCAGCCUGAUAUCAGAUGUCCCAUUCCCAGGAGAAGGAAUGACUUGGAUGACCCAGAGAGAGGCAUGAUUUUUGUCUGCUCUGCUACACACAAAACCAAGUCCAUGUUCUUCUUCCUGGCCCAGACAGAGCAAGGCGACAUCUUCAAAAUCACCCUUGAGACUGAUGAAGACAUGGUAACAGAGAUCCGACUGAAGUAUUUUGAUACUGUUCCUGUGGCUGCUGCCAUGUGUGUGUUGAAAACAGGAUUUCUCUUUGUGGCAUCUGAAUUUGGAAACCAUUACCUGUACCAGAUAGCCCAUCUGGGCGAUGAUGAUGAGGAGCCAGAGUUCUCUUCUGCCAUGCCCCUUGAGGAAGGAGACACUUUCUUUUUCCAGCCACGGCCUCUCAAGAACCUGGUGCUGGUGGACGAGCUGGACAGUCUGUCUCCUAUCUUGUGUUGUCAGAUAGCUGAUCUGGCCAACGAAGACACACCCCAGUUAUAUGUGGCCUGUGGUCGGGGACCUCGGUCAUCUCUGAGGGUUCUAAGGCAUGGACUCGAGGUAUCUGAAAUGGCCGUUUCAGAGCUGCCCGGUAACCCCAAUGCUGUCUGGACUGUGAGGAGACAUGUUGAAGAUGAGUUUGAUGCCUACAUUAUUGUGUCCUUCGUAAAUGCCACCCUGGUGUUGUCUAUCGGAGAGACUGUAGAGGAAGUGACUGACUCCGGAUUCCUUGGUACCACCCCCACUUUAUCCUGCUCCUUACUCGGGGAUGAUGCAUUGGUACAGGUUUACCCAGAUGGCAUCCGGCACAUCCGAGCAGAUAAAAGAGUGAAUGAAUGGAAGACACCGGGAAAGAAAACCAUUGUAAAAUGUGCUGUGAACCAGAGACAAGUGGUAAUAGCAUUGACUGGAGGAGAACUGGUCUAUUUUGAGAUGGAUCCGUCAGGACAGCUGAAUGAGUACACAGAGAGGAAGGAGAUGUCAGCAGAUGUGGUGUGCAUGAGUUUGGCCAAUGUUCCCCCUGGGGAGCAGCGCUCCCGCUUCCUUGCUGUUGGGCUGGUGGACAACACUGUCAGAAUCAUUUCCCUUGACCCUUCGGAUUGCUUACAGCCACUGAGCAUGCAGGCCCUCCCUGCACAGCCAGAAUCACUGUGUAUUGUGGAGAUGGGAGGUACAGAAAAACAGGAUGAGCUGGGUGAGAGAGGCUCUAUUGGCUUCCUGUACUUGAAUAUCGGAUUACAGAACGGUGUACUAUUGCGAACUGUCUUGGAUCCAGUCACUGGAGAUCUUUCUGAUACCAGAACUAGGUACCUUGGCUCACGCCCUGUGAAACUCUUUAGAGUCCGGAUGCAAGGCCAAGAGGCGGUAUUGGCCAUGUCAAGUCGGUCAUGGCUGAGUUAUUCCUAUCAGUCUCGUUUUCAUCUGACUCCCCUAUCUUAUGAGACACUGGAGUUUGCGUCUGGCUUUGCUUCCGAGCAGUGUCCAGAGGGCAUUGUUGCCAUCUCCACGAAUACGCUGAGGAUUUUGGCACUGGAGAAGCUGGGUGCAGUUUUCAACCAGGUUGCCUUCCCAUUGCAGUAUACACCCAGAAAAUUUGUUAUUCACCCUGAGAGCAACAACCUGAUCGUCAUUGAGACAGACCACAAUGCUUACACAGAAGCUACUAAGGCCCAAAGGAAGCAGCAAAUGGCUGAGGAAAUGGUGGAGGCAGCUGGCGAAGAUGAGAGGGAACUGGCUGCGGAGAUGGCAGCCUCCUUUCUGAACGAGAACCUUCCAGAAUCCAUCUUCGGUGCUCCCAAGGCAGGCAAUGGGCAGUGGGCUUCUGUUAUCCGAGUUAUGAACCCCAUCCAGGGAAAUACUUUGGACCUAGUCCAGCUGGAGCAAAAUGAAGCUGCCUUCAGUGUGGCUGUGUGCCGAUUCACCAACACGGGUGAUGACUGGUAUGUGCUCGUAGGAGUGGCCAAGGACCUGAUUCUGAACCCCCGCUCUGUUGCUGGUGGGUUUGUCUACACAUACAAGCUGGUGAAUAGUGGUGAGAAGCUUGAAUUCCUGCACAAGACCCCUGUGGAGGAGGUACCUGCAGCCAUUGCCCCAUUCCAAGGCCGAGUCCUAAUUGGAGUUGGAAAACUUUUACGUGUGUACGACUUGGGCAAGAAGAAGCUGCUUCGGAAGUGUGAAAAUAAGCACAUUGCCAACUACAUCUGUGGCAUCCAAACCAUCGGACACCGAGUGAUUGUUUCAGACGUCCAGGAGAGCUUCAUAUGGGUGCGCUACAAAAGGAAUGAGAACCAGCUCAUCAUUUUUGCAGAUGACACCUACCCCCGCUGGGUGACUACAGCCACCCUCCUUGACUACGACACUGUGGCCGGAGCAGACAAAUUUGGCAACAUCUGUGUGGUGAGGCUUCCUCCCAACACUAAUGAUGAGGUAGAUGAAGAUCCAACUGGGAACAAGGCACUGUGGGACCGAGGCCUUCUUAAUGGAGCAUCACAGAAGGCUGAAGUGAUAAUGAAUUACCAUGUGGGGGAGACUGUGCUUUCUUUACAGAAGACCACGCUGAUUCCAGGAGGCUCUGAAUCGCUUGUGUAUACUACCUUGUCAGGGGGCAUUGGGAUCCUGGUCCCCUUCACAUCCCAUGAGGAUCAUGACUUCUUCCAGCAUGUAGAAAUGCAUCUGAGGUCAGAGCACCCUCCUCUCUGUGGACGAGACCAUCUCAGUUUCCGGUCCUACUACUUUCCAGUGAAGAAUGUGAUUGAUGGGGACCUCUGUGAACAGUUCAACUCCAUGGAGCCCAACAAACAGAAGAACGUGGCUGAAGAACUGGACAGGACCCCACCAGAGGUGUCCAAGAAGCUGGAGGAUAUCCGUACACGCUAUGCAUUCUGAGCAGCACCCUUCAGCCUCUUGUUGGGCUUGUCAAGGACCCUUUUCCAAGAAGGGUUGGAAGGAAGGCUGUGUGCUUUUCCCUUUUUACUAUUGAUGUGGUCAUCUGGAUUUGUGCUUUUGAAAUCCAAAGUAACGAGUGUUUCCCAUUAACUCAGUGGCAGAAGUUAGGUCUCUCUACAUGCCUUGCUGUUUGCGUGGAGCCUCUGGCUUACUGGGUUUCAGUGACGUUGAACCCCACUCUCAGAUGGUGACUGCCUGAGAGAAGAGCAGGCCCCUAGCUUUGUGCAUGCUGUGAAGAACAUGGGGCUUUCAGUUCUCUGCCCUGCUGCACCCACCUCUGCCUAGGACUAGAGAGUUUGGCUAUGUUUUCUGAGGCUACACGAGCUAGUCCUGGAAUGGCCUUGUAAAGUGAUCUGAGUGUCCUGUCCUUGACAGGAUCAAGUAAGUCUAGAUGGUUGCAGGAGCUCCCCACCCCUUCUUGGGGAAAUCUUGGAGCCCUAACAAAAUCUUUGUUAUGCAAGUAGCCUUCACCAAGCUCAUGGCCAGUGUGUGGGAAGUCCCAGAGCCCUGCAGGGAGGGUUCACACCAUGCUUUUCUCUGGGCUUCUGUUUGAAAGGCAGCAUCACACUUUUCCUUUUUAAUUGUUUUCCCUGUAAAUAAAGUUUUGUACAAUGUUUUGACUCUUGGGGGGUGGGAUAAGGGAAGAGGGGGGCAAGGAGGGAUCCUGGGACUUUGUUUCAUAAUAACUUUGGCAAGAGCAGUGUCCCAGCUCCACACUGACCAUGAGGAGCAUGUGAAGAAUAAAAGCCUUGUUUUUGA